AUGGCUGCUGUACGUCAGAUGGUUAUGGAGGCCUCUGGGUUCCACGUCCUGCCGGCUCACCUUAUGGCCUCAGCGAUGGAAGAGUUCCCCCAGCAGCUGCCGGUCCCAAAGGGCCCAGCGAGGGGCAAGAGCCGCUCCCGCCGGUCAAGAGAGGCUCGCUUCAAAACCCAGCCGGUCACCUUCGCCGAGAUCGCGGAGGUUGAAGAAGAAGGUUCCUCACCCCUGGAGGAGGAGAGGGCACGCCGCUCCUUCUUACAGUCCCUGGAGAACCUGCGGCGGAGCACACAGACUCUCCACUGCCCUCCAGCCGCUCACCACAGCUGCACCCCCACCUCCACACAGGCCAGUCUGGACUCCAGUGACUCCGACUCCACGCAGUGA